UCCACGAGAGGUAACGCCUUACUUAAUGCGGGCUCACCUGAGUGUGCGUCACUGUGCCCGAUAGGACAGAAUACUGUACCUGGCGGCCAGGUGACGGUUCUGACGAUGAAGAAAACACGUAGCACUAUCUAACAUAUCUAUUGGGUUAUACUACCUCACAAGAGACAUGGAGCUAUUGUUACAUGGAGGAACCGCGGUGGGACUUCUUUCCUUCGCUGCUGUCUUCGUGCUCCAAUUCACACCGUUGAACGGACUGUCCGAUGACGGGUGUGAAGACAGACUGUUGUCCUGGACGGGACACACUUUCCACGUCAGGCGAUGUCCAUCCGGGGUACCGGGGGAAGACAGUCUGUCAGGUGUGUCCGACAGUCAGCCGGUCACCAGAGUCCCCAUCACGGUCAAGCUGCUGGGAGAUUUUAUGGAAGAUCUGAGAAACGAUUCCAGCACAACCUACAUCAACUUCACGGAGGAGUUUCACCAAGCGGUGGCGUCCAUGUUUAAGGACAUACAAUCGUUCGUCGGUGUGGAAAUACAACACUACAGUGCGGGCAGUAUCGUGGUCGAGUUUGACAUCAUCAUACAGGAAGAAAUCGUGGAAGUAGAUGACGUCAUCGAUGUCGUCAGCGUCAUUGCGUCAUCCCUGGCGUCCUCCAACUCCACCCUGGGGAACUUCACAGUGGGGGAGGUGGCGUUUGUCGCAGAUGACAACACGACCAGCGCCGUGACCCCGUGUGACUGCGGUGAGCUGAACUGUGUAAACGUGCUGGGGGACUGUGUGGCCUUCUGUUCCUCCAACAUCAACUACUGCCUCAACGGAGGGGCAUGCCGGUUCAACCGCACCACCGCCCUAGUCUGCGACUGUCUAGUUACACAGGAUGUGUUCUACACUGGAUACAGAUGUGAAAACGAAGUGGUGAUCACUCGUCCUCCGCCAACGACAGGAGUGGACACAGAAUCGUCAACAGACUCGUCGGAGAAUUGGACAGUGUUUAUAACAACAAUCGGCAUGACGACGGCCUCUCAUCAAGAAACGAAAACACCUUCCUCUGUCAGGAGUACUGCCCCAAGUACAAGUACCAUAGAUACGAAUACAGCUGCAAGCGUUUCGGUACCAUCCCCAACACCGACAGCCGGUCCAGUACCUCCGCCAGAAUGCACUUUCCCGUUCGAAUAUAAAAACAAGGUGUACCACAAAUGUACGACAGCGGACUCCAGUCGUCCGUGGUGUGCAUGGGACUCCGUUUAUCGGUACUCCAGAUGGGCAUACUGCGAGGUACAAGAGCCAGAGAAGCUUGAGUGUAGCUUUCCGUUCAUCUACCGCGGUAAUUAUUACUUCAGCUGCACUACGGAGAAUUCGUACGGUAGACCGUGGUGCGCCUACGACACGCUGUAUCAGCAGGAGAACUGGAGACACUGCGACGGUUCAGAGGAAGUUCACAAGCCGGAAAAUCCCGACGACACGGAAUGCGCAUUUCCUUUCGUUUAUAAGGAAAACAUUUACUACUCUUGCACUACGGAGGACUACAUUGUGCCGUGGUGUGCGAGAGACCGUUUAUACCAUCCCGACCGAUGGGUUCUGUGUGAAAGCGAUAAUAUAGACACUGAUCAUAUUGCCGACAGGACGCUGCCGGAUGAGAGAUGCCAGUCGCAGUUCUGGUACAAGGGCGAGUUGUACACAGGGUGUACUGACCAGGACUCCAUGUUGCCGUGGUGUGCCUGGGAUGUCACGUACCAGAAGGGACGGUGGUCCUCUUGUGAUGUUCGUACAGAUAAGGACACAGACGGAAGCGGAGAUCUUAGCGGAAGCGGAUCUGGUGAUGAAGAGGAAGGUAGCCCGGACUCACCGAAGGGUGGAGAUGAAGACGCGUGGCUGUGGGAUGACACAUCCUGCCAUUUACCAUUUGUUUACAAAGGCAAAACGUACAGCGGGUGUACGAUGAUGGACUCACCAAUCCCGUGGUGUUCAGUGGAUCCGGUGUUUCAGCCUGGAUUGGGCAGAUGGGCAUUUUGUAAAGAAGAACAGUCCAAACUCCCAAAUGACGACGACGAGGGUUCUGAAUCCACCGAGCAAUUACCGAGUAAAUGCGUAUUCCCUUUCUACUACAAGGAUAUGCUGUACACGGGAUGUGCUACGACCGACUCCUUGCUUCCUUGGUGCGCUUGGGACAAGAUGUACCGCAGAAACAGGUGGUCGCACUGUGGAAACACAUCACAUGUGCCGUCAAGUGCAGAGGGAAGGCCUCACGACUGUGUCUUCCCGUUCCACUACUGCGGGCACUGGAACUACGGCUGCAUCGUGUCAGAAUCAGGCAGGCCUUGGUGUCCCUGGGACCAGUACUAUCGCUCCGGGAGGUACUCAUUCUGCGACAUUGACAAGAAAAACAAAAGACAGCCACCAGAAGAAGGAUCGGGAGGGUCCGAAAUGUCCGGUUCAGGCGAAGGCAAAGAGGUUGGAUGCACCUUUCCCUUUUACUAUAAUGAUGUCUUGUACAAAAGCUGCACUCUUGUGGACUCACUUUUACCAUGGUGCGCUUGGGAUAAAGUCUAUCAAGAAGGACACUGGUCCAUUUGUGACUUUACACAAGACGGCAACUCCAGUGAAGACGCUGAUGAAAGUGGGAGUGGAUCAGGCGAGGACAUACAGAAUAUCCUCUGUACCUUCCCUUUUAUCUACAAAGGCAAAGCGUAUGUAGAGUGCACGAUGGAUGACUCCUUGAUACCAUGGUGCGCGUGGGACAAAGUCUUUAAAGAAGGCAGGUGGUCCUCCUGCGACAAACAACAGGUUCCUCAGCACAACACAGAACGUCCUGACAAGUGUGUCUUCCCAUUCAAUUACAAAGGACAUUGGCACCGCGGCUGUGCUGUUUCCGGGAGUGGCAUGGCUUGGUGCGCCUGGGAUCAAGUUUAUCUUCACGGGCGUUUCUCGUUCUGUGACCAGGACAAAGGCGAAGGCAAUGCUGGAGGAUCUGGGGAAUCUGAGUCUGGAGAAGAGACUUCGGGCUCUGGUGCAGAAAUGCCAUGCACGUUUCCCUUUAAGUACGAUGGAAUCUGGUAUGAAGACUGUAGUGAAGCUGAUUCAGUUCUUCCGUGGUGCGCAUGGGAUUCUGAGUUCCAGCAAGGGCGUUGGUCUGUUUGCGAUUGGAUAGAAGAAAGGACUGGUGAUGAAAACGACAAAGUUCCAGGGGAGGGCCAGUCCAACCCCUGGCUGACCGGUGAAGACGCAUGGCUGUGGGAUGAGUCGUCAUGCCUGUUUCCGUUCAAGUAUAAAGGCGUGAUGUACCAGAAGUGUACCACGCACGACUCCUCGCACCCCUGGUGUUCUGUCGAUGCUGUCUACCAACACGGCUCGGGAAGAUGGGCGUAUUGCAAAAUGUCGAAUGACGUCAGUAUAGAACCCACACAGGUGUCAGAACCUUACUCCAGAGAUCCGAGAUGCGUCUCCCCGUUUUAUUACAACCAGAAAUGGUAUUCUGAAUGUACCAUGGAGGACUCGCUGAUCCCGUGGUGUGCGUGGGACCAUGUGUUACAGGCCGGCAGGUGGUCGUACUGUAAAACUACACAGCACCCUGAGUCACGCCCUGACGGAGGCCCCGGACAUAUGGAGUCCUCCGGUGAUGAUGGAAUGUCGAGCUCUGGAGACGACAUGUCCGGCUCCGGUGAGGAAACCUCGUGCGUUUUCCCGUUCCGGUACCAUGGCAUCUGGUACACCGACUGCACACCUGUAGAUUCUAUUGUACCAUGGUGUGCAUGGGAUCGAGACUAUAAAGAAGGACGGUACACUAUAUGCGAAAUCUCAAAUGCACACCCAACCGAGGCUUCCGAAGAAACAGACGCAUCUGGAUCCGGUGACGAGGAGAAAUGCAGCUUCCCAUUCAUGUAUAAUGGUGUAUUGUACACAAGCUGUACCAUGGUGGACUCCAUGCUACCAUGGUGUGCAUGGGAUCAAGACUAUAAAGAAGGACGGUACACCAUAUGCAAAAUCUCAAAUACACACCCAACCGAGGCUUCUGGAGAAACAGACGCACCUGGAUCCGGUGACGAGGAGAAAUGCAGCUUCCCAUUCAUGUAUAAUGGUGUAUUGUACACAAGCUGUACCAUGGUGGACUCUAUACUACCAUGGUGUGCGUGGGAUCAACACUACCAGGACGGAAGGUACUCCAUAUGCGAGGAGAUUGUAGAAGAUUUUACUCCAGGCGUAAAAGACGAAAAUUCCUGUGUUUUCCCGUUUACAUAUGGCAGUGAAAUGUAUGAUAGCUGUACAAUCAAAGACUCUGUAAUGCCUUGGUGCGCUUGGGAUGAUGAGUACCAGUUUGGCCGGUGGUCCUACUGUAAGGACCCGGUCAAACCGACAUCUUCUCCACCAGCGGUGCCUGCUGACUGUGCCUUCCCGUUCUACUACAGAGGGCAGCGGUAUAACGAAUGCACAGCGGUCGGGUUCAUACUCCCAUGGUGCUCAUGGGACCGAACCUACAGCGAGGGGAGAUGGUCCAUUUGUAAGAAAAAACCAAGCGAGGAACAUGCCAGACCGUCAGACGAGAACUGUGCGUUUCCUUUCGUGUACAAAGGGUUUAUAUUCACCGAGUGUACCUCAGUAGACUCUGACCUACCGUGGUGUUCGUGGGAACACGUGCACACAGCCGGGAGAUGGUCGUACUGCGAGUGUACCUUCCCGUUCCAGUACCAGGACAGGACCUACCACCGCUGCACGACAGACGACUGGCACGAGUCGUGGUGUGCGUUAGAUUCCCGGUACCUUCCUCACAGAUGGAUGGCCUGUACUGAAAAAAUCACCACCACAGUCAAGCCAUUGAAAACAACAACUUCUCAAACCAAGAAGACAACUACACGUGAAGUGUUGGUAACAACAGAGUACGUGACUUCAGCACCAAGGACAGAUGUUGUAUUUGAAACAGAUUUCUUCACACCGAAAGUUGCUACAGAGGUCGUAGACAUCACAACGGCGACUCUCGCAACGACAGAAGCAGAAAAGGAAUUUUCAACACAGAAAGCCAUAGAGGACACUACGAUCAACAUGGCUGAAAGCACGGUAACAGAACUGCUACCAGAUGUUACAGAACAAGUGACAACGGCUAGGGAAGAGGCUACACCAGGCACUACUAGUGUAAAACCAGGUGAAACGACAACUACCAUACCCGGAAUGUUGAAAACAACUGGUAGUGUUCAAGACUCGACACAAGUAUUGCAGGCAACAACAAGAGAGUCUGUAUUCGUCACAACAGUAGUGAUGGAGGUUGAAACUACAGUAGAAACUUUGGAGGACACACCUGCUGCAACAACAACCAAAUCUAAAAUAACGCAAACCGACGAACCGGUAACAACAGACGCCGUACAAAGUUCACCAGCCGCUUCAGGACAAACAACAGCAUCCCCUACCACGGCGAAGAUGCUGACCUCUAGUGCUGUGCCUGCGUCACCCUCCGUAGUGAUGCCGGGGACAGCGUCUGAUACGAUGGAGACAACUACACGUACGCAAGCUACUUCCUCACCCGCCGUUCAGACUUUCUCCGAGGUGCCACUAUCAACAUCUGGCGUGGUUAUGGGUUCCACUUCUGCAGUUCAGGUGACAAGUUCUGCAGUGGUACAAGACACCGCAACCCCUGCUGUCAGUUCAGAAGCAACUACUAUUGCGGAGCGAGGGACUACAACUUUCACCCAAGGUGUCACUACUGUUACUGUUCAGGGCAGGACAAGUGAGACGACAUCUUCCUUUGUAGUCCAGGGCACCACACCUUCUAUCGGUCAGACAUCUUCCGUGUCAGUGAAAGACACUACAGCUUCUAUCGGUCAAAUGACAUCUUCCGUCGCAGCGGAGGGCACAGCUUCUGUAGGGCAGACGGCAUCUUCUGUCACAGCGGAGGGUCCCACAACCUCUUUCGGUCAGACAUCUCUCAUUCCAGGGCAAGACACCACAAUUUCUGUCGGUCAGAUGACAUCUUCUGCUACGGCGGAGGGCACCACAGCUGCUGUCGGUCAGACGACACCUUCCGUCGCGGUGCAGGGCACCACAGCUUCUUUCGGUCAAACGUCAUCUUCUGUUGCGGCACAGGGCACUACAGCUUCUCUCGGCCAGACAUCUUCCGUUGCACUUCAAGGCACCACAACGUCUGUCGGUGGUCAGACCACAACUUCCGGUGGAGCCCAGGUCACUAAAGCUUCUGUCGGUCAGACAUCUUCUUUUGCAGAACAGGGCACCACAGCAUCUGUCGGUCAGACGACAUCUUCUGUUGUGGCACAGAGCACUACAGCAUCUGUCGACGGAACAACACCUUCCGUCACCGUGCAGGGCACUGCAUCUUCUGUCGGUCAAAUGACCUCUUCCGUCGCAGCGCAAGGUAGCACAGCUUCUCUCGGUCAGACGACAUCUUCCGUCGAAGCGCAGGGUAGCACAGCUUCUCCCGGUCAGACGACGUCUUCUGUUGCAGCGCAGGAUAGCACAGCUUCUCCCGGUAAGACGACGUCUUCUGUUGCAGCGCAGGAUAGCACAGCUUCUCCCGGUAAGACGACGUCUUCUGUUGCAGCGCAGGGCUCCACAGUCUCUGCCGACGAAACUACAUCUUCUGUCGCAGCGCAAGACGCUACAACGUCUGUCGGUCAGUCAUCUUCCGUCGCAGCCCAGGCUACCACAACCUCUGCUAGUCAGGCGACACCUUCUGUUGCAGUGCAAGACACCACAGCUUCUGUUGAUCAGUCGACAUCUUCCUUCGCAGUGCAGGGUACCACAACGUCUGUCGGUGAGACGACUUCUUCUACCGCGGCGCAGGGCACCAUGUCUUCUGUUGAUCAGACGACAUCCUCUGUUGCAACACAGGGCACCACAACCUCCGGUGUAGCACAAGGAACUACAUCAACCACCACACAAGGAUUUACGACCGUUAGUCAGAGACCAAGCACUGCGGACAAAUCAACUACAACACCUACCGUGGCACAAGUCACCACUUCACGCCAAGUCACGACUUCGCCUGGUGUGGCACAAAGACCAACACCCUCUACACUAAGACCCUCAACACUGAAGCCGACAACAGAAAGUAGCACUACUCAGAGGCUGACAACAGUAACCCUUCCAGUGACUACAGCCGUGGCUAGUGCCGUGGCAAUAGAGGUGCAGAUUACCAGCCAGAACUUUACCCAGGAGCUCACCAACAGCAGCACGACUGAAUACCAGCAGCUGGCCCAGGAACUUAUAGACUACUUGUCACAGCUCUAUGCCGAUGUUCCCGGCUUCCAAGGUAUCGUCAUCAACGGAUUCAGGGAGGGCAGUGUGAUUGCAGAGUUUGACGUCAUCAUCGAGAGCCCUGUCUCCGCCAGCCCGAUGGAGAUCGGCAGCGUCUUACAAACGGCGGUGGAGAACACCGACAGCACUCUGGGGAACUUUGUCGUGGGACGGCUCAGAGUAGAGGUCGAAGGAAAUUUCACCGACAUGUCGACCUGUUCAAACAGAGAGGGUUGUGGGAAUGGAAUCAAGUGUACCAAGAUUGGUGGGAAGUGUAUGGCGUUCUGCCGGACCAAUGCUGGGUACUGUUACAAUGGUGGCCAGUGUAGCGACUCAGCCAACGAUCACCUAACGUGUCUAUGUCCCUGGAACCUUUGGCGGUACUACAGUGGAGAUAGGUGCCAAAAUGUCGAUACAAGUAUCAUCCUUUACAUCAUCAUCGGCUCCUGUGCUGGGGGCCUUCUGAUUAUCCUCACCGCUGUGUCCUGGAUCGCUAUCAUGGUCAAGAGAAGCAGGAACAAAAGCUUGGCACGCAUGUACAGCGUUGGCAAUACUCCGGACCCGGGGCAGGAAGGGUCCGUGCGAAGAUACGGAUAUUCAAAAGACCCCUUCAUGCGGUCUCUGGCGGAGAUGCUCGAACAGAACGUGCAGGAUGGGAAUCAGGGCUGGAAUAAACAGCUUGGUCGCACAAAUGAGAGUUUUCUCUACCAACCGGAAUACCAGAGGGCAGAGGAAGAGAGGAGGGCAGAAGAGCACCAGCAAGAGUUGUUGUCAAAGAUGAGAGUCUAUGAUGCACAGGUGCAUGAUGGGAUGCACACGGUGUCCUCCGCAGCUGGGAGUCAGGAUAUCACCAUCCACUUCCCCUCCCGGCCCGCCCAGCCGAGGGACAACACAACCUUCGCAGCCCUGCACACCUACAACCCAAGGUUUCUGAAGGACGUUCAUCUCUGACCAACCUACACUGUUUCUAAUCCAUGCCUUAUCCAGCCAUAUAUCAUAUAUGUAGAACAUAUUUCCCCAUUCGAAUUUUAUUUCUUGCCCGUGUAUAGUUGUGUGAAAAAGGGGCAGUGUUACUCAGUCAGAGGUAGAAAUGUUAACAAAUGGAUGGAAUGUAGUAAACAGUAUAACUUAUUUCUUGUAAUGUGAUUUCACGAAACAAGAGUUUUGUACCUCGAGAAAAGGUGAACACUGACCACUUUUCUCAAUUUAAACUUACACGUAGGUGAAACCGGUGAUCUAUGUAACAAACCAGCCGCUUUGUAAAAUGUGUACUAUUAGAUGAACGUUAAUCUGUUCAUUUACUUAUUACUA